AUGGAAACAAUGGAUACUUCAGUUGAUUUACCAGGUAGAUGGAUAGAUAUUGAAAAGAUUAUAAAGAGAACAGGUCCAUUUGCUUCACCAAGUUUUGAACCAGAUACAAAAGCAUCACCAAAUAUUAUGAAUGGUUUACAAAAUGAUUUCAAGGUAUUAGUUAUUGGUGCUGGUGGUUUAGGUUGUGAAAUCUUAAAGAAUCUUGCUUUAUCUGGUUUCAGAAAUAUCGAUGUUAUCGAUAUGGAUACAAUUGAUAUUUCAAAUUUAAAUAGACAAUUCCUUUUCAGAAGAAAGGAUGUUGGAAAAUCAAAAGCUGAAGUUGCUGCAGCUUUUAUUAAUUCAAGAAUUACUGGUUGUAAUGUAACUCCACAUAAAUGUAGAAUUCAAGAUAAAGAUGAAGAUUAUUAUAGACAAUUUAAAAUUGUUAUUGCAGGUUUAGAUUCAAUAGAAGCAAGAAGAUGGAUUAAUGGUUUAUUAGUUAAUUUAGUUGUUGUAAAUGAUAGUGGUGAUAUUGAACCAGAUACAAUCAUUCCAUUGGUUGAUGGUGGUACAGAGGGUUUCAAAGGUCAAGCAAGAGUAAUUCUUCCAAAGAUUUCUUCAUGUUUUGAAUGUUCAUUGGAUGCUUUCCCACCACAAGUUUCUUAUGCUAUAUGUACAAUUGCAAAUACUCCACGUGUACCAGAACAUUGUAUUCAAUGGGCUUUAUUAUUUGGACUUCAAGAUGCCACUCUUGAAAAACCAUUUGAUCCAAAACAAUUUGAUAAUGAUAAUCCAGAUCAUAUGAAUUGGUUAUUUGAAUGUGCAAAAAAGAGAGCUGAAAAAUUCAAUAUUAAUGGUGUCACAUACAAAUUAACUCAAGGUGUUGCUAAAAAUAUUAUUCCAGCAAUUGCAUCAACCAAUGCAAUCAUUGCAGCAGCAUGUUGUAAUGAAGUUUUUAAAUUUUGUACCGAUAGUAGUGGUUAUUUAAAUAACUAUAUGAUGUAUAAUGGUUUGAAUGGUGUUUACACAUUCACAUUUGAAUACGAAAUUAAGGAAGGUUGUGCAGUUUGUGGUACAAAUUUGGUAACAUUUGAAAUCGAUAAAUCAAAUACACUCUCUACUUUUCUCGAAAAGAUUACAACCGAUUCUCGUUUCCAAUUUAAAAAACCAUCACUUCGUUCAAAUGGUAGAAACCUUUAUAUGCAAGGACUCCUUCAUCAAUCAACUGUUCCAAAUCUUGAAAAAACUUUAUCAGAAUUAAAUGUUCAAGAAGAUGAUGAAAUUACAAUCACUGAUCCAGCACUUCCAGGUAAUCUUGCUGUUAGAAUGAGAAUUAAAUAUACUUCUUAA